AUCAUUGGCGAAGAACCGGUUCUGUCUUAGACUAGAUCGACUAGACAACAUGCUAAGGCAGUUGGAGGAAAUAAGAGGGGGCAAUAAUAAUAGCAAUUACAACAGGAUUCACAGCCCCAGGGGCUCAGGUGCAUCAACCCCAUCAAGUGGAACGUUGAGCAGCACAUGUACAGACGGUCAUCCAUCGUCAGUCGAUUUCUCGCCUACCGCUAAGACUCUGGAGAAGUACUGCCGUCCGAUGGAUCAUGUGAUAGUGGAGACUCAGGUGAAAGGAACGCUCAUUCAAAGGCUGGAACAAGCAGAGGAUCGCAUACUUAAGCUGUGUGUGAAGUUGGAGGAAGAAUUAGAUGAAGAGAAGAGGAGGCAAGCGGCUCACGUAGAGAAGAAGGGGAUCAAGCAAUUCGUGAAACAAUGUGUCGUAGGGAAACACUCGCAACACAGACGGACGGAAUGGAAAGUAGGCAAAAUAAAAUAA